AGUGCGGUUCCUGCAUGUGCGCAAGGGCCAAUGGGAGCGCAUGAAGAAUAGAGGAAGCAUCCACAAAAGAGUCAUUUUCCCUUUCAAGGGGCGGGCAUGGGGCGGACCAGUCAUUUUCCCCCCCAUGUGUCUUGGCGUAGCCGCAAUAUUUUGGGAAUCAAAGAAGUUUGAAGGACAUACUGACUUGGUUGAGCCAUGGUAUGGAACUGCAUAUUCUGUUAAGAAAAUCACUGGUUCCACGUUACAGAAAUGGAUAGAGACAGCUCCUAAUGAAAAUCUACAUCUACCAGCACCGAACGUUUUUAUUCCCACUGACUUGUCAAUUAAGAAAAUGCAAGGGAAGGGUAUCUAUCCAGUUCUGUUAAGGAAGUCUUCGUUUUCAAGGUUAUGGUAUAAGCCUGAUAAACUGUUCUUCACCCCCAAGGCAUUUGUUAAGAUAGAUUUUAACUGUCCUUAUGCAAGCCACGCACCAGAAGCAGAAGUUCUUACUGACAUUUUCACGCGGUUGUUAAUGGAUUACUUGAAUGAAUAUGCUUAUGAUGCUCAAGUUGCUGGUCUUUAUUAUGAUAUAACCAACACAGAUACUGGAUUUCAGGUGAUUGUGGUUGGUUAUAAUCACAAAAUGAGGAUCUUAUUGGAAACAAUUGUUGGAAAAGUUGCUCAGUUUAAAGUAAAAGAAGACAGGUUUGCUGUGAUUAAGGAAACUGUGAUGAAGGAGUACCAAAAUUUUAAGUUCCAACAACCAUAUCAGCAGGCUAUGUACUACUGCUCCUUAAUAUUGGAGGAUCAUUCAUGGCCUUGGAUUGAAGGACUUGAAGUUCUUCCUCAUCUUGAAGCUGGUGAUCUUGCAAAAUUUUCACCUGUGAUGCUUUCGAAGGCAUUCUUAGAAUUUUAUGUUGCAGGGAAUAUUGAUUCAAAUGAAGCAGAAUCUCUGGUCCAGCAUAUUGAAGAUGUUUUCUACAGGGGUCCCACGCCCAUAUGCAAACCAUUAUUCCCAUCUGAGCAUUUAACAAAUAGAAUUAUUAAGCUUGAAACGGGCAUAAGUCACUUAUACCCUAUUGAAGGCCUAAACCCAAGUGAUGAGAAUUCUGCUCUGGUUCAAUACAUACAGGUUCAUCAAGAUGAUUUGUUGUUGAAUGUCAAACUUCAGCUUUUUGCACUUGUUGCAAAGCAACCAGCUUUCCACCAGCUUAGAUCAGUUGAGCAGCUUGGGUAUAUUACUGUGCUUAUGCAAAGGAAUGAUUCUGGUGUCCGAGGUGUGCAAUUUAUAAUCCAAUCCACAGUAAAGGAUCCAGGACAAAUAGAUUUGAGAGUUGAGGCAUUUCUUAAGUUGUUUGAGAGCAAACUUAAUGAAAUGACCGAUGAUGAAUUCGGGGGCAAUGUAAAUGCACUGAUUGAUAUGAAACUUGAAAAGCAUAAGAAUUUGCGGGAGGAAUCUGCAUUUUACUGGCGAGAAAUUUUUGAUGGCACCCUCAAGUUUGAUCGUAAAGAAUCCGAGAUUGCAGCAUUAAAGCAGCUGAGCAAGCAGGAUUUGGUCGGCUUCUUCAAUGAAUACAUAAAAAUGGGAGCACCUCAGAGAAAGGUGCUGAGUGUACAAGUUUAUGGAGCCUUACAUUCUGCUGCAUACAAAGAAGCCAAAGGGCAGCAGAAUCAGUUGCCAUCUGUUAGAAUUGAUGAUAUUUUCAGCUUUAGAAGAUCAAGACCUCUUUAUGGUUCUUUCAAAGGAGGCCUUGGUCACAUGAAACUGUAAAUGUUUCACCCAAGCUGAUGUACAGAAUGGAGAAGGACAAUCAUAGCUGGCCAAUGCUUGCUAAGCAGAAUUGUGGCUGAAAGAUUGAUUAAUAAAGCCCAAACAAGUCAUUGGGUGCUCUAGAAGAGUGAAGAUUUUCGAUGCAGGUGUUGAAGCAUGAUCAUAUUUUACAGCCUCUCACCAUAUUAUGUUGAAUCAUUAGUCUAUAGGUGUAAAAAUAUACAAUUCUUACUAUUCAACUUUUUUUUUUUUUUUUGGAAUUUAUGUUUUUUAUAAUUGUUUUCAUAUUAAGAUUUUAACUUCUGUUGGUGCAA